AAAAAAGUGAAAAACUUUCAAAAUUUUGAAUAAACGAAAAGUAAUUUGAAAAAAAGCUGUGGAUAUAAUGAUAUAAAAUAUAAUAAAUAUUAAUUGAUAAAAGUGACUCUCGAUACAGAUCAAUAAAAAAACAACAACAACAACAAAAAAGACAAAAAGUGAAAAAAAAUGUAAAAAAGUGAACAACGAUAAAAUUUCAAUUGCGAACAAAUAAAAGUGCACUGAAUUUAAUUACUCCACAAAACGUUCAAAAAAAAAAGACACAAACAGUUGAAAAAAAAAGUAGCAAAAUAAAAGAGAGAGCAAUUAAGUAAAAAUAAUAAAAUAUUAUGAUAAGAACCACUCUUGUUGUACGUGAUUUUCUGUUAUAUUCUGAAUUUUAAUGUUUUCAUUGAAUAUUCAUAGAGAUAUAAGACAAGCAAGAUGUUUAACCGUAUAAACAAAGAUGAACGAUGUUCUUCCAACAUGACUUGAAUUUUUAUACAAAACAAACAGACAUUAAUUGAAUAAGUUACUUCUGUCAACUUUUCUUCUGGUUCCGCAAUUUCGUCUUCGUCUUCUCCGGGAACGAUUGAUAGUUUUUUUCCAAUUUCCGGCAGACAAAAACUCACAUUGGAGCACUCACCUUCCUUCUACCUAACUGGGAGUCCAACUCCGCAUCCGGUCUAUGUGACAGAUCCUGUUGUUGCUGACGAAUCUGCCACCAUUGUCGACGACAAAAAUAACAACACGACGUCGUCGUCGUCCAAAUAUAACAACAACGGGCAACAACAACGCAUCAAACGAAAGAAAUCGCAUCAUCACCAACAACAGCAGGAGCAGCAACUGAACGAAGCAGCGUCACAGCAAACGGGCGUCACAACGGCGACCUCUAAUCAGAGCAUGUUCAUACCAGAUCCGUUACGUAGUUGUGUCAUAGAAACGGAUGUCUCAUCGUAUCUACAGGCUCCAUCAUCAGGACAGGAUGAAUUCCAUCCCUUUAUUGAAGCAUUGCUUCCCUUCGUCAAAUCAUUCUCAUAUACAUGGUUCAACCUGCAAGCAGCCAAGCGUAAAUACUACAAGAAACAUGAAAAGCGUAUGUCACUUGAGGAGGAACGGCACUGCAAAGAUGAAUUACAGAAAGAGAAGGCUGAAGUGAAACACAAGUGGGCCUCCCGUCUACUGGGAAAAUUACGUAAAGACAUAAACCAAGAGUGCCGUGAGGAUUUCGUGCAGAGCAUAACUGGUAAAAGACAGUCAAUUUGUGUAUUGUCAAAUCCCGAUCAAAAAGGCAAAAUGCGUCGUAUUGAUUGCUUACGGCAAGCAGAUAAGGUGUGGAGAUUAGAUUUAGUCAUGGUAAUAUUAUUUAAGGCAAUACCAUUAGAGAGUACAGAUGGCGAACGGUUGGAAAAGAAUGCUGAUUGUUCUCAGCCGUUGUUAUGCGUUAAUCCGUAUCAUAUUAAUGUGUCUGUGAGAGAAUUAGAUUUAUAUUUGGCCAACUUUAUUAAUACUAAUGAAACAAUAGGUGAUUAUAAUAGUAAUGCUUUAAGUAACAAUAACAGUAGCAGUAUAAACAAUAACGUGAGCAACACGACGAAUAAUAACAACAAUACGUCGAACAACAAUAACAAGAAGGAGGACGAUCGUAAAAAUAAUAAGGGUUAUUUGCACAAUCCCUACAACGGUGUGAUAUGUAACGACAUUAUCUUGGCAACUGGUGUCUUUUCCUCAAAGGAACUCUGGAAAUUGUCGAAAGCUUCAAUUUUGCAAGAUACCGGUGAAAGUUCAUCCUUUUGCGCAAAUACAAUAAAGCUCGAGAAUUCAAGUGGUUAUUACUGUAAUAGUUAUGCAAGUCCGUCGGCGCCGCCACCAUGUAUUGUCUCCGUGGGAUCCAUCAAUGAAAGGUCUCCCAAUUCGUCGUCUUCAAUGGUUGUCUCCAGUGCCAAUAAUUUUGACUUCCCUGUCAUUUUACGACCUGGGGAACAAGUUUCUAAUCCAGGACAUGAUUCGUUAUCACUUCAACGAUACUCUUUGCAUCCAGCGACGAGAUUUGUUGCUGUUAGUCAAUCGCGUCCUGAUGAAGUGUUACUCUCCCAAAAUGUGGGAAGCAGCUCCGUCUUCCAUGGUCACAAUUCGUGCGAAAGUUCUGAUAUGAAUGCUAGUCCCACAGACGACUCUCAGCAGCAACAGCAGCAGCAGCAACAACAACAACAGCAGCAGCAACAUUCACUUCACCAUCCUGUGCCACAGCAUCACUCGCAUCAUAGCAGUGCCAAAUACAACGACACCUCCGGUCAAAAUGGUCACGAUUCGUUGUCGGACUUUGUGACAUUCGUGUGUCAAGACAACUCGUCGGGCUCCGGGCAGGAUCCUCCCGAUAUGUCACGCUCCUCAAAAUCAUCUGCCUCUGCACAGUAUUCACAGUAUAGUACAAUGUUACCGCCUCCGCCAUUGCCGCCGAUGGCACGUCCCGUUGCGAUAAUUCGUUCGCCUGGCGAUUUAUCGAUGGUGACUCCGUCAUCUGGUGCGGGAGGACAACAAAUGACGCCGCCACAAUCGAUGGCGUCACCUAGUAGUGCGGGACAUCAUACGUCUGACGAGACAAUGAAUAGUAAUGCGACGGAUCAGAUGAACCAAUCGCCGCCUCCUUUGAGUCCGCAAUCCCAAAUGGAUAUUAGUCGAAAGCCGCUCACGCGAAUCCCAAGCCCUUAUUCAAUUAGUCGCGAAUAUGCUUCAUUUAAUCAUUUUCAAGCGCAACCAACACAGCUAUUUAGCUAUCCGAGCUCGAUAUCAACAAUGCCUGGCAUAAUUAAUCCCACAAAUUUAAGCUUAUACUCUAAUCCAACGUCAAUUACGACGCCACGUACGUCGCGAUGGAACACGCAGUUUCUCUUGGAGGAGGAUUUGAACAUGAUUUCGCAUCCGGUGUCAUCGAAUAAUCCGGGGAUUGUGUUACUCGAAGAUGAUAUUAUGAGUCGGCCACCACUGCCGACAAUGCAGAUGAUUUGGAAAGACAACACCAGCAGCAAUGUAUAAUUACGACCAGAGACCAUCAUUUAAUGAACUCCGCCAUGGAGCAUCAUCAUCCGCAUCACCAUCA